AUGAGUUGCUUUUUACUUCCUCAAGGCCUAUGUGAUGAUAUGGAAAGAAUGAUGAAAAACUUCUGGUGGGGCCAAAGGCAGCAGGAAACAAAAUUGGGUUGGGUUAGUUGGAAGAGGAUGUGCAAUCUUAAGGCAAGAGGUGGGUUGGGGUUCAGGAAUUUGAAAGCUUUUAAUCUGGCCAUGUUGGCCAAGCAGGCUUGGGGAAUUCUCAAUAACCCGAGCUCGUUGGUUGCAAGAGUGCUUAAAGCCAGAUACUUCCCCACAGGUAAUCUAUUAAAUGCUAAGCUUGGUUCUCCCCCUUCUUAUUCCUGGAGGAGCAUUCACAGUAGCUUAGAAGUUAUAAGGCAGGGAACUUGGUGGGGAGUUGGUAAUGGGAAGCAAAUCCAUAUAUGGGAGGAUAGAUGGCUCCCAACGCCUUCCACCUAUAAAGUUAUCUCUCCCCAGAUCCAAAAUUUUGAAUUCCCUAUGGUUUCCUCUCUCAUUGAUCCAAACACUAGAUGGUGGAAAGCAGAAGUUCUUCAUGCCACUUUUCUUCCAUUUGAGGUGGAUACCAUUCUAAGGAUUCCGAUAAGCUAUAAUUUGCCGGAAGAUAAGCUUAUAUGGAUUGGAAAUAGGAAAGGUGAAUUUUCGGUGAAAAGUGCAUAUCAUGUUGCCCAUAGUAUGGUUAAUGCUUCUGAAGAGGGUGAAAGCUCUUCUGGGGAUCCUUAUAGACAGCUUUGGCGGAAUUUAUGGCAUCUAAACCUCCCGGCAAAAAUUAAAAUUUUUGCCUAG